CAUAAUCGUAAAGACGUAAGGUGUUUAAUGCUAAUAUAUAAUGGGAUGCGGCUAAAACAGCUGCAGCCAAAUUCCAUGUAAACUCCGUGUUUGUUUAAUAUAUUAAACGCGUUUAAACCAACCUCCAGAUUUUCCUUUUAGGCCCAAACUAGGACUUUGAAAGAUUAAUACAUGUGCAUUAACGCUAGCAGUCUUUAAGAAGCGGAAUAGUAUUAGCGGAAUUAGGCGCACAUUAUAAUCGGCUCGAUAAGGGUGGAAUUGGGUGACGACAGUGUACAGCUACACACACCGUGUGUCGUUAAAUCGCUAGUCUAAUACUCCAUAAGUUUUACUUGAUAACACAUAGCCUGUUAAUAACCAUGGAAAAAGAAAAAACGGAAUUGGACAAAGAGCAAGUGAAGAGGGAAAUGACUCCAUUAGAAAGGCAAAGGGCAUUACGACCUGUGCUGAAAGACCAAUACCACCAGGACAGUUUGUUCGGAAAUUCUUUCCAAUCAAAGUCGUUUUUCAUCGUUCACCCAGAAUGGCUUUCAGAAGUAGUGGAUAACAACGAACCCGAGCCGCUGCGGCGCCCGCCCUGGCCAUGGGAGCAGCCCCGUUAUCGCCAGAACAUACAGUUGCCCAUAACGUACAAAGUCGUUGAAACUGAAGAGUCGAAACCCGAAAUCGAUGCUCGCGCGCAAAAUGGCGACACGACGCUGGCAGAUGGAUCUACCGUGCCGUACGCCCUGCCCGUGCGAUACAUGUUCACGCAUCCAAGUAUCGACGACACGAAGCCCUCGGUUAAACAGACUCAUUUUGGAGCGCCUAUAGUUGAUACGUCAACAUAUAGAUUAAGUUAUUAAGGGCACUGUGUGAUGUCUUCUUUACAAAUGUAUUUAAAUUGAAACACCACUUCGCAUUUUGCUACUGUAUGCUUUUAAAUAUUGCUUAAAUUUAGUCUUUUAUAAAAAAUAUCAACAACAAAAAAUCCUCCGCCUACAUACAUGUCGGGCAGUGCUGUUGAUUGUAGACAGGCUUUCACAACGGGUAUUAACACAUUAUCUAUUCCGGAACUAAUGGCGUUAACAAUAGCAUUGAUCGUUGUUACUGUAGUUCUAGUUUUAGUUUUGUCUUAAAUGUUUGUUAAUUAUAGUACAUAAUCCUAGUGAGAAUAUUUGUUACCAUUUUUGAUAAUGAUAAAAAGUUGUUUUGAUCAUAUAGAUAAAAAACAUGUAGUUGUUUUCAAUCACGCAUGGUUAAAGCAAAAAUUGCGGAUUACGUUUCUAGCACAACCCUCCUCGUUUUCUAUACACUAACAUGAUAAAGUGAAGUCAUCCUUAGGCGAUACGAUUUACAGUAUGAUUAAUUGAGUCGCGUUCUGAGAAAACUGGGCAUAAUGCAUGUGCGUUACGUGUCAUCCCAGAUUAGCCUGUGC